AUGGCAUCCCUUGUCAAGAUUGUGCUUGUGGACACCGUGCAGCAAUGUCAAGACGCUGAAACUGAGCUUGGCAUUGACAUCGAAGGAGUUGAUUUGAGCCGAGCAGGCGAAGUAUGCCUGAUCCAAAUCUGUGGCCAUUCCAACGACACAGUGUUUCUGUUCGAUAUUCACACGCUACAGGACGAAGCUUUCGGAGAAGGCGGCUUGAAAGAGUUGCUGGAGUCAGACGUGCUGAAGGUGUUCUAUGACCUGCGCGCGGACUGCGAUGCCCUCUUCCACUUGCAUGCUGUCGACGUGCAGGCUUCCUACGACUUGCAGGUCUUGAGGGCAUUGAAAUUCCAGGACCCAACCGACAUGUACCUGCAUGGUUUGAAGAGAGUGCUGGCCGAGUUUCUGGCAGAGUCUGGCAUCUUGGCAGAGGCCCAGGUUCAAAGGGUGGAUGCCGUGAAAGAGCAGGUGCAGGAGCUCUUCACCCCGGAGAGAGGUACUGAGAUCUGGAGGGCCCGGCCUUUAAGCGCGUUGCUGAUGGAUUAUUCUGCUUUGGAUGUCCAAUUCUUGUUGGGCAUGAAGCGCUUCUGGACGCCCGGGGAUCCAGCAGCAGCCGCCCAACUCCAGGAGGAUGUGAUGAGCGCCAGCGAGAGGCGCUUGAGAAGGUUUGUGGCCCUGACACCAGAAGAAGCAUUGCACCAGUCCUCGAAGAGAAUUCGGGACGUCUACGAGGCCAGCGACACCUCGCGCACUGUGCGCGUGCCUGCUGCAAGGAUAGGUGCUGUCAUUGGCAAGAAGGGCACCAACAUCCGAGCGAUCCGGGCCAGGUCAGGCGCAAAAGUCUGCAUCAGGGACGAUGUUGCUGUCGUGGUGGGUCAGCCUGCACAGGUAGAGGCUGCGGUGCAACUCAUCCUUGCAAAGAUUGCGGAGCGUCACGACCGCUAA